AUGGAUUACCCUUCGUUAUCUCAAGAUUGCGUCAUCAAAUUUUUGGGUUCAUGCAAUGGUUUGCUUUGCAUAUGUUGUUCUCGUUACGAUUACGGUCCUUAUGAAAUUUUCAGUGAUGGGAUUUGUUAUCAUCAUGAUUCUGGGUGUUGUUGUCAAGGCCAAGAAAUACAUCUUUGGAAUCCUUCAACGAAAGAGUACAAGCGAUUUCCCACUUUACCACAAAGACCGUCUAGCUAUGUCGACAUUGAUUCUUAUGGGUUUGGUUAUGAUUACAAGUUUGACGAUUACAAAUUGUUAAGGUUUAUCGAUGAUGAUGAUGAUAGUGUUGACCUUGAUGUCUACUCAUUAAAAUCAAACUCAUGGAAAACCAUUCAAAACAUACCUUAUUCUCCAAGCCAAUAUUACAUUGGAGGAGGGCUUGUUAAUGGAGCUCUUCAUUGGUUUGCGUCUACCAAGGCUCAAGACUCUAAAGUUCUAGUCUCUUUUGAUAUCAUCUAUGAGAGAUUCAAAGAGGUGUCACUACCCCAAGAACCUAUACCUAAUCCAAAGACCGAUCCAGGAAUAUCUUUGGAAGAUGACGAGCCCAUGUGUGAUCUAGCUGUGGAAGUACUGGGAGGGUGUCUAUGUUUAGUGUAUCAUGUUUUUAAUAUCCGGGCUGAUAUAUGGGUGAUGCAAGAUUAUGGAGUGAAGGAAUCUUGGACCAAAAGUUUCAGUAUUAGACAGGAAGAAAUUAUCAGUCACUUGAAUUUGUGGUUAAUUUGGAGUUUCAAAAACAAUGAGAUUCUAGUGGUGGCUGAUAAGUUGUUAUGUUUAUAUGACCCAAACAAUAAAACAUAUAAAAAGCUGAAGCUUCAUGAUUUAGGAAAGACAUUGGUGGCAGAUAAGUUUAUCGGUGAUGAGAAUGAUGAAAGUGUUGAUCUUGAUAUCUACUCAUUAAAAUCAAACUCAUGGAAAACCAUUCAAAACAUUAUGUAUUCUGCAUCCAAAGGUGGCAAUACUGAAGACGGGGUGCUCGUUAAUGGAGCUCUUCAUUGGUUUGCGACUACCAAGGGUCAAGACUCUGAAGUUCUAAUCUCUUUUGAUAUCGUCAAUGAGAGAUUCAAAGAGGUGGCACUACCCCAAGAACCUAUACCUAAUCCAAAGACCGAUCCUGGAAUAUCAUUGGAAGAUGAUAUGCUGUGUGAUCUAGAUGGACAAUACUGGGAGGGUGUGUAUGUUUACUGUUUCAGGUUUUCAAUGUCCGGGCAGAUGUAUGGGUGA